UAUUUGGAAAUAUUUUAUUCUGCAUAUUAUUAGUGCUGUACGCACAAGGAGCGGGCGUGCCCUGAGGAACACCAACAUGGAAGAACCACAGACGGAUCGAAAAGGAGAUGUGGAUAACGAGGGAGCCCCAACACCACCUCAUCGUGUAGUGGAACUAGAUACAAUUCUAGUAGAGGAAAUUGGACAGUUUGGAAAAUAUCAGUUACGGACUUUCUUGCUAUCCGUUUUGUUGGUACAGUUUGUUGCUUGGAGUGCUGUGGAAUAUAUAUUUACUACGUCUCGUAUUACCACCAGAUGUUACAUCCCAGAAUGUGAAACAGAGUCCCCUGAGUUUACUGAGUUUAGACCAUACUGGUUAGAGAAUGCAGUACCACCUGGCUCCACUGAAGGUUCCUUUGACAAUUGCGAACGGUAUGGCAACGUGACUGCAUUACCGCGGGUGGUGGAGAGCGACACCUGUCCCAGCGCACUCUUCGACCGCAGCACGAGGAUUCCUUGCGAUGACUACGUGUACCAAAAUAAAUUCUCCGUUGUUUAUGACUACGGCUUAGCCUGCGAGGAGUGGAAACGCUCACUGAUCGGAACAGUGAGAACAUUUGGAACACUGACUGCGCUCCCCAUUACCGGGUUCAUAUCAGACCGAUGGGGUCGACGAGUGGCUCUCACCAUCAACGCCUUCAACACAGCAUGGCUUGGAGUCACACGGUACUGGGCUGAUACUUACAUUGGCUUCAUGAUGUCUGAGUUCAUUGAAGCUACCUUCGGAUCUGGUGGAUUCUCUUGUGUUUAUAUUCUGAUGAUGGAGCUGGUGGGCCCAAAGUUCCGCGUGGCCGCCGGAGCAGCCAUGAACACAUGUUUUGCACUCGGCCAAGUGACAAUGGGUCUGAUUGCUUGGGCCGUUCCUGACUGGAGAAACUUAACAUUAGCACUGUACAUCCCACAAUUCAUCACCAUCUUCUACUAUUGGCUUAUCAGCGAGUCUGUGCGCUGGUACAUGAGCAAGGGUCGGUUUGAUGAAUCCGAGGCUCUGCUUAGAAAAGUGGCCAGGGUCAAUGGGAAGCAAGUAUCUGAAAAGUCUUUGGAAGCAUUACGUUAUACGGCAGAGGAGAAGUUGAGGAUCAGUGCUGAAGAAGCAGCAAAGAAGGGCGGUGAGAGUUGGCUAGUAGUACAAGUAUUCAAACAUAAGCGGAUACUAAUACGUGUGCUUAUAUCCCCUGUAUGGUGGAUCACAACUACCUUCAUUUACUACGGACUGUCGCUCAACGCUGUGAACAUGUCUGGCAAUAGAUAUCUGAACUACAUCGCAGUAGCAGCGGUUGAGAUACCUGGAUAUUGGAUCUCGUACUUCUUGAUGGACAGAAUUGGAAGGAAGCCAGUAUUGACUGGAGCUUUCUGGUUAUGUGCUGCUUGUCAGAUUGCGUACAUAUUUUUACCUCAGGAUUUGGAUGGUCUAUCUCUCGCUGUAUACCUUAUCGCUAAGUGUUCUAUAGCGAUGGUGAUGACAGCAGUAUAUGUGUACACUGCGGAAUUGUACCCUACGAAACAUAGACACAGUCUGUUUGCUUUCUCUUCCAUGAUGGGAAGAAUUGGUUCCAUGAUCGCACCUCUCACGCCUGCUUUUGGUGCCCAAUGGUUUGAAGAAUUACCUUUCGUAUUAUUUGCUUCCUUCGCCUUGCUGUCAGGAGUUUUAAUAUUCUUUACUCCAGAAACGCUAGGCAGCACACUACCAGAUACAUUUGAACAGGCUUCAGAUAUUGGACGCAAACCAAAAACGUAAAAUGAACUGACAAUAUUUAGUUAUAGGUAUUUAAAUAUAUGUAUAGAAAAUCUCGUUUGUAUUAUACUUACUUAAAUUUUUUGUAAGAAUAAACUUAUUUUUUUUUUA